AUGGAUCCGUCGGCGUCCAAACCUCCACCAGCGUCGGUGGAGGCGGCUACGGUGGCCGUGACGCUGCUGUCCUUCGCGAAGGCGGUGGACGCGUACAAGACGGCUGUGGGCACGGCAGCCACGGUGACCACGUACGUCGUGCUGGCGCGCGGCAUGGCGCGGGAGCUCCUCCCCUACGACCUCCGUGCGGCAGCGCGCUGGGCCGCGUCCCUCAUCCGUGCCCGCCUCGAGCCCGCACCCGUGGAGCGCCGCACCCUCGUCAUCAAGCGCUUCUCGUUCUCGGGGGGGCAACUCGACGGCGGCGGCGGGCUCUACGACGAGGACGGCGACUCGAUGACCGACGCCUUCGAGGGCGUCGUGUUCACGUGGGCCUCUGUUGCGGGGCAAAGCAGCAAGAGCAAGCACGGGAACGGGUACGGGUCGCUAGAGCUCAGCUUCGACGCGGAGCACACGGACAUGGCGCUGGAGCGGUACGUCCCUUUCAUCACGGCGACAGUUGCGAAGGCGCGGCGGAAGGACCGCGCGCUCCAGAUCUUCAUGAACGAGGGCUCGUCGUGGCACGGCAUCAACCACCACCAUCCGGCCACGUUCGACACGCUCGCCAUGGACCCGGCGAUCAAGCAGUCCGUCGUCGCUGACCUCGACCGCUUCCUGGGGAGAAGGGACUACUACCGCCGCAUCGGCAAGGCGUGGAAGCGCGGGUACCUGCUCUAUGGCCCGCCCGGCACCGGCAAGUCCAGCCUCAUCGCCGCCAUGGCCAACUACCUCCGCUUCAACCUCUACGACCUCGACCCCUCGGAGCCCGGCAUAACUCUAUCCGGGCUGCUCAACUUCAUCGACGGGCUGUGGUCGACCAGCGGCGAGGAGCGCAUCAUCAUCUUCACCACCAACUACAAGGACCGCCUGGCCCCGGCGCUGCUGCGGCCGGGCCGGAUGGACAUGCACAUCUACAUGGGCUACUGCGGAUGGGAGGCAUUCAGGACGCUGGCCCGGAACUAUUUCCUCGUCAACGACCACGCGCGGUUCCCGGAGAUAAAGGAGCUGCUUUCAGGUGUGGAGCCGUGGAGGUGA